AUGCUGGUCAACGCUGGUCAAUGCUGCCGUUCCAUGGAGGAGGCCCGCAAGGUGCAUGUCAAGUUCAUCGCCUUUCCCGCAGUUUCCUGCGGCAUCUAUGGCUACCCUUUCCCUGACGCUACUCAGGUGUCACUCAAGGCCCUUCAAGCAACCUGUGCUGGCUUUUCAGAGGUCAGUCUAUCCAUCCGCUUAUCACUCACUCUCCCUCUCACCGUCCCUCUCACCGUCCCUCUCACCGUCCCUCUCACCGUCCCUCUCACCGUGCCUCUCACCGUGCCUCUCACCGUGCCUCUCAUCGUGACUCUCACCGUGCCUCUCACCGUGCCUCUCACCGUGCCUCUCGCGGUGCCUCUCACCUUGCCUCUCACCGUACCUCUCACCGUGCCUCUCACCGUGCCUCUCACCGUGCCUCUCACCGUCCCUCUCAAUGUGCAUUUCAUUCUUUUCAACGAGGAGGGCAUGGAUGCAUAUGAAGGAGCAGCAGAAGACUUGCAGCUACCGCCUCUCGAGAUCAAAACGGACGGCUGA